AUGGAAAUGGCAUUUUUCAAGGUGGCCGGGAAAUUUAAUGACGGCAGUGGAUUAGUGGACAUACUGGUUCAAGCAGAAGCAUUAGCCGGUGGCUCGAUGAAUAGCUUCUUAGACAGCAAACAUUUCAAUCGUUGUCGGCGCUUACACCCAUUAACCGCUGCUGCAUUGCAAAUACUACAUUUUCAGCAAUAUUUAUCUUCGAAUAUUACAUCUCCCGAGGCGAUGGAUCAAUUCUUACAAGCGCAAAUACAAAAUGCAUCAAAUUCUACGUAUGACGUCAACGAGAUAAUAGAAUUGCCGGAUACAUUAAAUCGCAUUUUGAUUGGAUAUAAAGAAUUCUGCAGACAAACUUUGCUGGGUGAAAAAGGAAAAACUGCUCAAUUCUACUAUCAGUAUUGUGAGUUAAUUAAUUUAUUUCUUCGGUUUUCAAGAAGCAUCCGCACAAGUAUUUUUAACAUGGCUGAUUUCUUUUUCGCACUUAACCAGCCCAAUUAUGCCCGAUGGACCCUACUAUACUUGAGUAAUUUAAUCAAAUUGUACAAUGAAAAUUCGCCUUUGGUAGCAGAAUUUCGUCGAGGCGCUUUUGGAAUCAGAAGAACCAAAGCUAAUUUCGCUCGAUCACCAGUUGACUUGACGCUCGAACAGACCAUCAAUGCUGAUGCUAGCAAUCAGUUGAUUGAUAACCUUGCCGUAAGCUCAAUAUCUGCGCGUCAAAGAUGGGCACUCAGCUACAGCACAAUCAAAGAAAACAUCGGAUUAACAAAGAAAGAUGAUACUUCACACUCUUUGCAAAAAAGCAAUAUUAAAAAAGACAAAAAAAGCCUGGACAACAUUAUUGAGGCAAUGAAAAAUACGAUGACAAUUGAUGAAAAUUUUUUAUUCAAUAUUUCGACUGGUAAAGCCGCAUCAGGAGAUGAUUAA